AUGCUCCCAACACUGGUACUGCUCAUCUUCUGCAGUUUCCUGCACUCUGCCGCUUUUGAAGGAAAUUAUUGGUCCCCCAUUCUUCUCCAAAAACAGAAAGAAUCUCUGCAAAGAAUUUUGAGCAAGGAUUCCUGUUCUACCUGGGGAGGAGGGCAUUUUUCAACCUUUGAUAAAUACCAGUAUGACUUCACUGGGACUUGUAACUACAUCUUUGCAACUGUUUGUGAUGAGACCAGCCCAGACUUCAACAUUCAGUUCCGUCGUGGGCUGGACAAAAAAAUUGCAAGGAUCAUUAUUGAGCUUGGACCUUCUGUUGUCAUUGUUGAGAAAGGCAGCAUUUCUGUCAGGAGUGUUGGUGUCGUUCAGUUGCCUUACACCAGCAAUGGAGUCCAAAUAGCGCCUUAUGGACGCAACAUCCGCCUGGUAGCCAAGCUGAUGGAGAUGGAACUGGUGGUCAUGUGGAACAAUGAUGACUACCUCAUGGUUUUGGCUGAAAAAAAAUACAUGGGGAAAACAUGUGGAAUGUGUGGGAACUAUGAUGGUUAUGAAUUGAAUGAAUUUGUCCGUGAAGGUAAAUUGCUGGAUACAUAUAAAUUUGCUGCAUUACAAAAAAUGGAUGAUCCAUCAGAAAUCUGCCUGUCCGAGGAGAUACCAAUUUCUGCUGUUCCUCACAAAAAAUAUGCCAUGAUCUGCUCUCAGCUACUUAAUUUGGUGUCACCAGCCUGCAGUGUGCCCAAGGAUAGGUUUGUCAUUCGUUGCCAGCUUGAUAUGCAGGACUGCAGUGAGCCAGGACAAAACAACUGCACUUGCUCUACACUGUCAGAGUAUUCCAGGCAAUGUGCCAUGUCCCACCAAAUAGUGUUCAACUGGAGAACUGAAAACUUCUGCUCUGUGGGAAAAUGUUCUGCAAACCAAAUCUAUGAGGAAUGUGGUUCUCCGUGUAUUAAAACCUGUUCCAACCCAGAGUACAGCUGUUCCAGUCACUGUACCUAUGGCUGCUUUUGUCCAGAAGGAACGAUUCUUGAUGAUAUCUCGAAGAAUCGGACAUGUGUUCACAUUAGCCAGUGUCCAUGUACACUGAAUGGGAAAACAUAUGCUCCUGGUGAGACAAUGAAAGCAGCUUGUAGGACCUGUAAAUGUGUGAUGGGUCAGUGGAACUGCAAAGACUUGCCCUGCCCUGGAAGGUGUUCACUGGAAGGAGGCUCCUUUGUUACCACAUUUGAUUCGAGGCCAUAUCGAUUCCAUGGGGUUUGCACUUAUGUUCUUAUGAAGAGUUCCAGCCUGCCACACAAUGGAACCCUAAUGGCUGUUUAUGAAAAGACUGGUUAUUCUCAUUCUGAGACCUCACUUAGUGCUAUAAUUUACCAAUCUACAAAGGACAAAAUUGUGAUUUCUCAGAAUGAUCUCCUUACUGAUGAUGAUGAACUCAAGCGGCUGCCUUACAGAUCAGGAGACAUCACCGUUUUCAGACAGUCCUCCAUGUACGUUCAGAUGCAUACAAACUUUGGGCUGGAACUUGCAGUUCAAACAUCACCUGUGUUCCAGGCCUAUGUGAAAGUUGGAUCACAAUUCAAAGGCAGAACACUAGGUUUGUGUGGCAAUUACAAUGGAGACACUACAGAUGACUUCAUGACUAGCAUGGAUAUCACUGAAGGGACAGCCUCCCUGUUUGUAGAUUCCUGGAGGGCAGGAAAUUGCCAUCCUGCCUUAGAGAGAGAGACUGACCCUUGCGCUUUGAGCCAGCUGAACAAAAUAUCUGCUGAGACUCAUUGCUCCAUUCUGACCAAGAAGGGUACAGUGUUUGAGAAAUGCCAUGCUGUGGUGAACCCUAUUCCUUUCUACAAGAGAUGUGUCUACCAAGCCUGUAAUUAUGAAGAGACCUUUCCUUAUAUUUGUUCUGCUCUGGGAUCAUAUGCACGAGCAUGCAGCUCCAUGGGUUUAAUCCUUGAGAACUGGAGGAGCAGUAUGGACAAUUGCACCAUUACUUGCACUGGCAAUCAAACAUUCAGCUACAACACUCAGGCAUGUGACAGGACAUGUUUGUCACUCUCCAACCGAGCCCUGGAAUGCCAUCCAACUGAUAUUCCUAUUGAAGGCUGCCAGUGUCCUAAAGGAAUGUACCUGAACCACAAGAACGAGUGUGUUCGUAAAUCUCAUUGUCCCUGCUACUUAGAGGACAGAAAGUACAUCCUGCCUGACCAGUCAACAAUGACUGGUGGGAUCACCUGCUACUGUGUUAAUGGGAGACUAAGUUGCACAGGCAAACCUCAAAAUCCUGCAGAAAACUGCAAAGCUCCUAAGAAAUACAUAUCAUGUUCUGACAAUUUAGAAAGCAAGUAUGGAGCUGCAUGUGCUCCUACCUGUCAGAUGCUGGCUACUGGAAUUGAAUGUAUACCCACAAAGUGUGAAUCAGGCUGUGUCUGUGCUGAUGGCCUCUAUGAAAAUCUCGAUGGCAGGUGUGUGCCAGCUGAGGAGUGUCCAUGUGAAUAUGGUGGCCUUGCUUAUGGGAGCGAUGAACAAAUCCAGACGGAAUGUGAGAUCUGCACUUGCACAAAAGGCAAAUGGAAAUGUGUUCAGAAAACAAGGUGCUCCUCCACCUGUAAUCUGUAUGGAGAAGGCCACAUCACCACCUUUGAUGGACAGCGUUUUGUGUUUGAUGGCAACUGUGAAUACAUAUUAGCUAUGGAUGGCUGCAGUGUUAACAGACCCAUUUCCUCUUUCAAAAUUGUCACUGAGAAUGUCAUCUGUGGGAAAUCAGGAGUUACGUGCUCCAGAUCCAUCAGCAUUUACCUUGGGAAUCUGACAAUCAUACUGAGAGAUGAAACCUUCGCUAUUUCUGGGGAGAAUCCUGAUACAAGAUACAAAGUGAAAAAGAAUGCCCUUCACCUGAUGUUUGAUAUCAUUAUCCCAGGAAAAUACAACAUGACCCUUAUUUGGAAUAAGCACAUGAACUUCUUCAUCAAGAUCUCCAGAGAAACACAGGAAACGAUCUGUGGUUUGUGUGGUAACUAUAACGGCAACAUGAAGGAUGACUUUGAAACUCGAAGCAAGUACGUGGCAUCAAACGAGCUGGAAUUUGUCAACUCUUGGAAAGAGAAUCCUCUCUGUGGGGAUGUGUACUUUGUAGUGGACCCCUGUAGCAAGAACCCUUAUCGUAAAGCAUGGGCAGAAAAGACAUGUUCCAUCAUCAACAGCCAUGUUUUUUCUGCCUGUCACAAUAAGGUGAAUCGGAUGCCCUACUAUGAGGCCUGUGUCCGAGACUCCUGUGGGUGUGACAUUGGAGGGGACUGUCAGUGCAUGUGUGACGCCAUCGCAGUCUAUGCCAUGGCAUGCUUGGAAAAAGGCAUCUGCAUUGACUGGAGGACCCCUGAGUUCUGUCCUGUCUAUUGUGAGUAUUACAAUUCUCAUAAAAGAAAAGGAAUUGAUGGUGCUUUUUCGUAUGGCUACAACGAUGACAAAUGCACCUGGCACUACAGGCCUUGUAACUGUCCAAAUCAAAACUACAAAUACGUCAAUAUUGAAGGCUGUUACAACUGCUCUCAUGAUGAAUACUUUGACCAUGAAGAAGAAAGGUGCAUGCCAUGUGGACAUGUAAAUGUCACCACCACAUCCGAACCAUCUUCACCUUCUCCAGUAACAACAGUGCAGCCUAAAGUAACAAGAAGCUCUACCACAAGCACACUUCUAACAGAACCCAGUACUUCUUCUGCAACAACUGCAUCACCUGAGACUAGAAAUCCAACAAUAACUGCAAAAAUUACAGUUCCAAGAACUUCACAACCUCUUGUCACAAUAAAGUCAACUACUGAGAGUGAGGGAACCGAAGCAACCACUCUGCACUACCCAGAAGUUGUCACCCGCGUAAGAACAACACUGACACAUCCUGCGCAGCAUCUUAUGACACAGACACAGACCACCCCUGCCACAUCCACCAGCAGCACCUCCGUCCCAGGAGAGACUAGCCCUGCCACCAGCCCAGAAGUUCCAGUGACAAAGAUAUUUCCAAGCUCCAGCUCUUUGCCUGUCACUUCAGUCUCAUCUGCUUUUUCCCUCUCCUCAACCCAGCUGGGAACGUCAUAUUCUGCAAGGGAGCCAACCAGAGCUAAGACACCAACUACUAAAGUAGUAACAGCCUUCACCCAUAAAAUGUUUACCAUGCCACAUGCUAUGACACCUGUGACCACACACAAGACCUCGGCUGCCACAUCCAUCAGCAGCACCUCCAGGACCUCUGUCUCCACAGGAGCCAACCCUCCAAGCAGCACAGAAGUGCCUCUGGAAACAGCCUCUCCACAUCCCAGCUCUCCACCUGCUCCCAGCAGCCCGCUCAGCACCCGGCUGCCAUCCACUGCCACCACUUCCACAGCCGCCUCCACAGCAGCUCCCAGCACCAGCCCCAGGCCCACACCUACAACCCUGAGGCCCAAGGCCUCUUCCCCAACAACCAGUGCUGCAAAGGAGUCUCCUGUCACAGAGUCCUCUGCACCCACCACAGCCAAAACCAGCACGCUGCCAUGGCCUGCUUCUUCUCCCUUCUCAACUGUGUCCUCAACAUGGCUCAGCUCCUCACACCUGGCAGCCUUCACCCAUGAACAGUCAACUGUGCCACACAUUGGGCCACCUGUGACCACACACAAGACCUCGGCUGCCACAUCCAUCAGCAGCACCUCCAGGACCUCUGUCUCCACAGGAGCCAGCCCACCGAUCAGCACAGAAGUGCCUCUGGAAGCAGCCUCUGCACAUCCCAGCUCUGCAUCUGCCCCCAGCAGCCCGCUCAGCACCCGGCUGCCAUCCACUGCCACCACUUCCACAGCUGCCUCCACAGCAGUUCCCAGCACCAGCCCCAGGCCCACACCUACAACCCUGAGGCCCAAGGCCUCUUCCCCAACAACCAGUGCUGCAAAGGAGUCUCCUGUCACAGAGUCCUCUGCACCCACCAUAGCCAAAACCAGCACGCUGCCAUGGCCUGCUUCUUCUCCCUCCUCAACUGUGUCCUCAACAAGGCUCAGCUCCUCACAGCCUGCCUUCACCCAUGAAAAGUCAACUGUGCCGCACAUUGCACCGCCUGUGACCAUGUACCAGACCACAGCCACCACCUCCAUCAGCAGCACCUCCAAGACCUCUGUAUCAAUGGAAGUGCCUCUGGAAACCUCUCCAAAUCCCAGCUCCCUGCCUGCCCCCAGCAGCCCGCUCAGCACCCAGCUACCGUCCACUGCCACGUCUCCAUUCUCUUCUGUUUUGGCCUCAACUGUCAGCACAAUGUCUGUGCCUACAUCCCUGACUACUUCCACAUUUAGGUCUGCUGAGAGCACUACACAUCCUUACUUCCAAAACACCACAUCUACUCCACAUGGCAAAACAUCUUCAUUAGCUGUUCCUACCAGUAUCGCUGCCCAGUCUAGGCCAGCACUGAUCCCCACUGUUUUGUCUACAACUAUUGCCUUUGCUCCCCAUGUUCUCACGACGGCUUCUACAGAGUCAGUUGAACAGAGUUCCUUGCGAACAACAACUCUGACCACUGCCCACACGACAUCAUCUCCUCUCACCCCUGGACUUUCAACAUCCCUGUCCUCUGUUGUGCCAUCAACGGUGCCACAUGAGCGUUGUACAGAAGUUGAAUAUGAAGAAGAAAUAACUUACAAAGGCUGUUCCACAAAUGUCACUUUGAGCCGAUGUGAAGGAACAUGUCCCUCUUCAACAAAGCUGGAUGUUGAGAAGAUGGCGGUCACCACAGCAUGUGGCUGCUGUAGGCCACUUGAACUUCUUAAGAAGCAAUUCCAACUGCCAUGCCAAGACCCAGAUAACCCUGGAAGAAGGCUCACCACAGAAAUAAUUGCAUUUAGUGGCUGUGUGUGUAACUUUGACAGUUGCACACACUAG